UCGGGCAGCUAGCACGCGUUUUGUCUCGUUGCCUACUUCGAUCAUAAUCUCUGUCUUUACAAUAUAUAAAUAUACACACCUAUGAGUAAAAAACGCGGAUUCGUCCCCAUACAUAUGGCGUUUUGCUAAACACGGGCUAGAUAUUAUCAGUUACGAUAUUUUUUCCUGCGGCCUCCGUGUGCAAGAGAUCCUGGUUCUGAGCGUGUGUAUUGUAUCAUUCAUCGUACAUUUCGAUUUUAUUGCGUUUUUUAUCGUUCUAAAAAGUACUAUAUUGCCUCCUUCUGACUUCGCAAAGUGUUUGCGCGAGUGCGGUGCAUGUGUGCGUCAUUUAAAAUUAAUCGUUUGCAGUAAGCCGAAAAAAAAAUCGAGUAAAGAUAAUAGUAGCAGUAAAGUAAUAACAACAACGACGGACGAUAAAAAGGGAAACCAUUUUCCCUAUGCCCAAAUCGGUGGUGUUCCUCCUUCCCCGCCGUUUAACCUGGGUUCAACCGGAGUAGUCGACGGCGCUGCGGACAAUUCAAGACUCGCGCUGCUGCUGCUCUGCUACCGCAGCCUACUAGUGCGUGGCUCACUGGGGCCUGUAUGCAUGUGUUAGUGCGUGUGUUUAUAGGAUUCCUCGGUACUACGGUUUCAGUAGUAUUGCGACGCGGGCAUUUUUCUGCUUUUUUUUUUGUUUAUUGAGAACACAAGAGCUACGAUGUGAUGUGAUGGCUUUUUGGUGUGCGAAAUUGUGCAUCGCCGGAAAUCUCUAGUGUGAAUCAAUCGAAAGCAAAAGUGUGUGCAGUUUACGGCGUUGUGCUUUGCUUUAUGUUAUGCUCUCGCGAUGCUACUAAUAGCGUGAGCAUUACUUACGCGGUCUUCCCUUUUUGCUAAUAUGCGCAAUUUAUAGUUACGUGGACGACGUCGAUUGAUAUUGGAUUUAGAUUAUAUGCAGCCGAGUUUGAGAAAAAAAAAGAAUAAAAGGCUUUGCCAGUAGUUGGUUUGUGUACCCGCUGUCAACUGGAGCAGAAUCGAACAUGACAGUAUAAACCGUAAUAGAACGCGCUGUAUGAGGCUUUUUCGGAUUAACAACUGCCUAGUGGAUACGCUACGUUCAAUAAGCCACUUACACGCACGAAUACACACCUGCCUGUGGGGUGGAAGAAGUGUGUGUGUCUGUUUAUCGUCGAGUAAAAUUUGAAAAAAAAAAGUUAAGGUUCUACCUGGCACUCGUCACCGGAGACCCGAAAGAAUAGAACUCUGAAGGUUGCGCCUUGGCCUGUUCUGUGGAAGCUCAACCAGGAGGAGACGAGAAUGAGAACGGCGUACGCAAACACACAAACACAUCGAGCGAUGAGGCGAAAGGAGUUGUUUAAGUGAUUCUGUUAACAAUUUUAUCUAUCAACGUGAUUUUGUUGUUGUUGAUGUUGUUGGUGAUUUUUGAUUCUGUUUUUUUUUCGCUCCUGUGUGGCCUCCAGCAGAGCAGUGAGUUAUACGUAUAGUUAUACGUAGAGAGUCAUAAGGGAGGAACCAGGAGGCCAGUGCCCCAGUGGUUAGAUGAUUUCCUAUGCUGAAAUCGAGUCCGGAUGUCGUCAACUGAAUGUGUUUAAUGUUACUGCCAAACCAAACAACCAGUUCGGUUUUUAGUUUUGUUGUGCGGAAAAUAGUGAUUGCUGAAAAUUGUGUCAUUGUUUUGCGAUCGUAAGCUGCCUGAAUUGUUGUGUGCUAGAGAUACUAGCCCCCCUCUAAACAUAGAAGUGAUUUUGGCUGGAACGCCUCGAAUUAUUUCAACGUGGAAAACGGAGAAGAAUCAAAUAGAUCCACUAUGUGUAAUGUACCGCCCAAGUUUUACAAAUUGUGCCGCUUGUGCUUGACCAGCAUCAACGACUGUGAGCUGAACGAGUCGACCGUUCUGGUUGGCGGUCGGCAGCAGCAACAACAACAGCAGGAGAAAAUUUCCCGCAAACGCCAACCGAAUGGCUCCGGUGCCAUUAAUGUCACCCAGGAUCAGAACCCCACCAUCAGUGAUGCCGAUGGGGACGGCGGCGGCGGUGGCGGUGGUGGUGGUGGCGGAGGUGCCAGUGGUAUUAGUAGUGUGGCCAGUGUUGGCGAUGCUGGUGGGUACGGUGAUGUUAUGAAAAGCCACCAGCACGUGCGUCACGGAACUGGCACGGCCAGUAGCAGUGGCAGCAGCAGCAGCGGCAGCUCAAGUUCUAGUUCCAGCUCGAGCUCCAGCAACAGUAGCUCCAGCGACGAUGACGAUGUCACCGCUGAUGAUGAUUACGACGAUGAUGACUUCUUCGACGGAGCCGACGGGUCCAGUGUGGAUCUGGCCAAGCGGAUACGGACGUGUCUAGCGAUCAAGAUCACCCCGAAAGAUGGCCUGCCCGCCGUGGUGUGUAGUUCCUGUCGGGACCAGCUAGAAACCUGCCACCGGUUCCGACGGGUGGCACACAAGACGCAAAAGUCGCUGCAGAGCUUCCUCAGCUACGCCGCCAAACUGAGCGGAAGUGCACAGGAAAUACUCUCGCAAUCGUCCGAGAAGCUGGAACACCUGAUCGCCUCUUCACCCGCCUCGUUAGCCGCAAAAGCCUCCGCAGAACAGGAUGCGAUAGCAGCGUUGCAAGCAUUACGCAACAAUAACAAUCAUACAAAAUCAGUUACCUCAGUACUUAGUAAAACGCAUCUACAAAACCUGGAAGCAAAUUCAGUAUCUGUGAUCCCGAUUGAGAGCAUGAAAAUAUCAUCCUCCAAUCAGCAGCAGCCGUCGAUAAUCCACCAAACGAUACACCUGCAUCCGACUCAUCUCCAGCAGCAGCAGCAGCAGCAGCAACAACCAAAACAGCCCCUGAUUCAAGUCAAGAAUUUGACACAGCUCCAGCAGGAACAUCUCGAAACCGCAGCGGUAUUAAUGGACAUUAGCAAAAAAGUGAUAAUCUCACCACCCAGCUCGAAUCCUCAAUCGCCCAGCCUAAUUGCCGAACAACAACAGCAGCAACUGCAGCAGCAGAAGCAGCAACAGUUACAACAAUCGCACCAGUAUCAAACCAUCAACAAUAACAAUCAGUCGCAACUACAAAGUAUUAAAUCUUCUGUGAUAAAGCAGCCUCACGAGUUUCUGCUGAACAACCUGAAGCGAUCCCCCAGCAGCGAAGAGAUGGAUCUCACGAUGAAACGCCUGAAGGUGGAACCGAACAUCCUUUCGCCAACCCUGCCCGCCACGACGCUGGUGAAGAAGAAUGUCAUUAAGCGGGAAAGCUUGCCGGAAAUAAUCGCCGACGAUCAAACCAGCCAGCACAGUGACAGCGCUGACAGUAGCGACUCCGGUCGGCUGCAAAUGGACAUCUCCUCCCAGGAUGCCGGUUCGGAAUGCACCACGGAUGAAAUCAAGCGGUCAAACAACAAUAAUAACAACAAUAACAAUCAUCAUCAUCACCACCAUCACCACCACCACCAGCAACACCAGCAGCAGCACCAUAAUAGCAGUAGUCAGGUUGACCACAUGGGACGAGAAACGCCAGACAGUUUAAACUCAAUUGAGGAACAGCAACACCUGCAACAGGUUCAGGUUCAUCUCGGGCAGCAAUUUGGUGUGCUGGCUGAUGGUGCAGAUCCGGCAACGACCCAGCUGUGGCAGGCAUUGGCGCAAAAUACGAAUCUCAUUAACGGUGCUGGUAACGAAGCAACUCAACUCCUCCGCAAAAUGAUCAACGCCCGAGCACUUGGACUGCAGUUCUCGCCCUCAAUCCAGAUCACUCCCGGCGUGUCGCUGAUCAAGGCUGAAACCAAUCGUGGCAGCGGCCAGGGCCGCCGGAAGCAAACGUGCCCGAGCAGAACACCGGUGGAGGAGAACUCGCCAAACACACCCAUGGAAGCCCUGAAGCUAACAACAUCCGGAAAAUCGGGCGGUGCAAUGACCAGCAACAGUGGCAGCAGUCCGAUACAUUUGGAUGCUGCCGCCAUCAGUCAUUUGAACCGUGCCAAUUCAGCUAACAUCCUAUUUCGAACGAAGCAGCACGAUGCAUCCUCCCAGGGGAUGGCGAGUUCUAUUGAGUCGAACAGCGGCAGUGUAAGUCCACAGCUUUUGGCCGCGGGUAAAAAUGCUGCCCAACUGGCAGCUCAACAGCUAGCAGCGCAAUCCGCUCAGCAGCAGCAGCAGCAACAACAGCAAUCACAGCAGCAACAGGGCCAGCCGCAGCAAAACUCCCAACAGAAAGAUAUGUCCUGUACGAACUGUGGAACAACCACGACAACCAUUUGGCGGAGAAACAUACGUGGCGAGAUGGUCUGCAAUGCCUGCGGGUUGUACUUCAAGCUGCACGGCGUCAAUCGUCCGCAUACUAUGCGACGGGAUACCAUUCACACCCGUCGGCGUCGCCCGAAGGGGGACAAAUCGACCAGAAGGAAAUCCAUCAAGCAGGAGAGCAGUGAACCCUUGGACAAUGGCGUAGUGGAAGGAGCGGCCGAUUUGCAAGCUCUGCAAAAUCACAACCUGCUGAUUGCCCUGAGGGAUGCAGCCCGCGCGACGCCGCCGAACUUUUCGAUGCCACCUGCCUUCCAGCACUACCUGCGUGUAACCCAAAAUUUCGACCCAACCGGUGCCGACAUGGAGGCCGGCGACGACAGCGGUCCCGAGAACGACAUCGACUCGUGCAACCUGCCGCUGAAUCUGGUCGCCACUCAGCUCGGCAGUGAUUCUUCGCAGCACUGACUGCGUCGGAAACCCGUCAAGGCCAGCUAGGGCAAGCGGAAACCACCGGCGAGGAAACGCCGCCGACGCCGGAGAAAGAAAACCGACGGCAAAAAAGGAGGCAAACUGUGCAGCAGUCGCAAUCGUCAUCAGCGGCAGCAGCAGCAACAUCAGCCCUAGAACUUAUACAAUCUUCCUCGAGUAUUCAUUUGAUUUUAUUUUAGAUUGCUGUGGGGAAGUCUAGUAAGAAUGGUUACUACUUCCGCCGCAGCUACUAAUACUAAACUACUAAAGCUAAUUAAUUCUACUACUAGUGCUACCAUAACUGCGACUACAGCAGGUCAGCAAGCGUGAGCAACUGAAUGAACCAAAACACGGUAGAAGCAUCUCUACAAUUUUCAGCUCUAAUUUUGGCCCUAAUAGGAGAGUAGGCAGAAGAUGAUUCUAAAAGCUUAGAAAAAAAGGCCACAGAAUAAUACUAAUACUCAGUAGAUACGAACAAAGUAAUUGCAAGACAAAAAUCUUACGCCUCUCAUGGCGAUUGAACGGCAAAGGAAAUACUCUUAGUUUUUAUAUAUGAAUACUGUAUAAACAACUGAAAAUCGAUUUUAUAGAAUCCCGCGUAGCGUCGAACCUUUAUUCGAACACCCGCAAAAGCAUGAAGCGCAUACUAAAGCAAUAAAAUUAUCCGCAAAAAAAGAAACGAUAAAGAAUGAAGAUUAGAAUGUUGUUGUCGCUAUAAGCCGAACCUGCUUGAUAUUACUAAAGUAUUUUUAAUCGUUAACUUACAAUCGAACAAACAAAAAAUCAAAUUUUAAACUUGCUUCUUCUUCCGUAAAACUUUAACUACCGUUUGACAAAGUUUUUCUUUUACGUUUGACGUUGAACCAUUUUGAACAUUUUUUGUUGAAAAAAAAAACAAAACAAACAAACAAGCACAUACUUUGCCUAGAGGCAGCAGCCGAGAGACGUCAAUGCUAGGAAAGCGAACACAAAAAAACCGGAAGAAACAUGUGAUAAAAGUUGUUGGUUGAUAUUCUUAAACGAUACUAAGAACGAGAACAAAUGUAAACAGAGAAUAAUGAAGAGAAAAAAAAACGAAUCAAAAUUAAUUUGUAGAGAUGCAAUAAGGCACAGAACACAGAAGUUUUAAACUGUAAAUACUCAAAUCUUCCCGCUAGGAGGUCUCUAGCUGCUGACAGUGAGACUGCUGAAGCUACAUUCAAUAUUCAACUGAGAACUCCCAGUAGUACGCCUUUGGUUGGACGUAACUUACUUAGUUUUUUGCUGGUAGCGUUCUUUUACUUAAAAAUUUAGACACCAUGCACCGUGAUCAUCGUUAGUAGUCACAAUACUUAAUUUACACGCCUACUUUGAUAAGAAUUGUUCCUUCGUUCAGCUGAGUAGCCAUGAGUAAACUAGCUCUCUUAAAAAAAAAAAACAAAUUCCAUCCAAACACUAAUCUGACUUAAGCAUAGUUCCCCCAAUAUCAGAAAAAAACAACAGUGCUCGCCAUUUCGCGCCAUCGGAACACACGCCAACAGAAAAAUGUACAGUAUUAAGCUUAACAAAUUAUCCUUCCCAUUUCGUAUCAGCUUGCCGUCCUUAAGCUUCCGUGAAAGAUUUCAUUUUAAUACCUAAUAAUCGCAGAAUCUCGUUUGUUGAUCUGAUCUAUUAUGCAGAAGUUAAAGCAAAACAGUAAGCGCAAGCCAUCGAACUAAGCAAACAAAAACAAUACAAAAACAGAAGCAGCAGCAUCCGAAUGAACAACAUUGUUAAAAUCUAGUCAUUUCACCACACGUCCGCGUCAAGUCAGUCACGUACGAGCAGCAGCAAAUCGCGAGCGCAGAAUCUAAUAUAUUCCUCCGCCUCCUUCUGCCCUCCCCCAGUACUUACACAUACAUGUUUAUCCUCGCGCACAAUCAUUAAUCUACCAUGCAUGCAAUCGUCAUGACAAUGUCGAAUCGAGUCGGAAGGAUUCAUUCGUUUGCCAGUUGGAACAAACAAUUCAGUAGUUUUUUAAAGGACAGACCUAACGAGCAAGCGAAACGCGUUGUAUACCAGUUGUUUACCAGUUUAGUUGUAAGAGAAAUAUUCCUUGCUCCAAAAAAAAAAAAGAAAACAGAAGGAAGAAAAAAUUAAUUUUUUGGUAGAGUUAAGUUAAGCCCGUGUCCUUUCCAGUUAAUUCCUGCAGCUUUCUCGCAGCUACUAAAACUACUUCUACUACCCUUCAGGAGUGCUAUCUUCUUUUUAAACUUGUGUAUAAGAUGAAGUACUAAAAUUGCAGAUCUGAUAUUUUGGAUUUUAGACCUUUAACAUAUGCACUAACUCAACACAAACACACAGACACAUACUUGCUGAAACAAGUUAGACUUACUUCUCAUUGUAUCACCAUUUUGUUUUGAAUAGCCCCUUUGAGCAGCUCUUGGCUUUCUGGCUAUUCAGAUGUUAUUUAUUUUUCAGUUUUUUACGCCACCUUUAUGACAAGGUGGGGUAUAUGCGCGAAAAAAUGGUGCAGUAGGCAUGCUUCAUAAUUUUUUGUCACCGUUGUUAUGGCAACGGACCAAAUAGUUUUCAAUGUUAUUAUAUUAUUUGCCCUGAAAGCCGAAAACGAUUUUCUCUGAAAACGCGAUCUCUGUUCCUAACGUUAACUAAGCAAUAUAUAAACUAAAAAAAAUAUGGUGGAAUUCAGUUCAAUCGGAAGCCCAUCCGUACAGACGCAAGAAAAAGUCUAAGAUAAUUCGAAACAAUGCAGUAUUUUUGCGUGGCUUAGCAAAAGAAAACAAGCAAAGAAGGAAAAAACGGUAUGUUAUUAAAAUGACCCAUUUUCCUGAUUUUUUUGAUACUACCAAUUCGCAAUCGCGGCUCAGCUUGCGAACAACUUCCGGGUUUAAGUUUUAGUAGGUACGAUAGAGGAAGAGGCAUCCAUUUUGCGCUAGCGCAAAGAGUAAAGAACGAAACGUGAUUUUUAGAUACAAACCCAAUCCCACACUCAUACUUACAUGUAUACAACACACACAUAUGCAUGCAUUCAUGUAUUUAUUUCAUUUUCGUGCUGAACACACGAGCCUCUGCCGGAAGCCUCAGCCUUCUUACCUUUAGUGUGUAGCAACAACCCAUUCGAUAUCGUUUAGGCUUUACUUAGGCUAAGGUAAUAUACACACACGAACACUCACUCACCUUUUAACGGCGGCAUUAAACUCAUACUCACUAACUUCGUUUUGUAGAAAUAUUAUUGUCGAUACAUUCAGCCCUUUGUUGCGUGUUUCUUCAUUUUCUGCUGAUCUAUUUCAUUGUGUAGUUGUGUUAGUACACCACUACGGACCUUAGUUUUAAUCGCAAGCAUUUUAACCCUCCAGCUAUUGCGCGCUAACCAACUUCGAAAGUAAGGAAAACAAUAUGAAUAAAAAAAAAAACAAUGACAGAUACCAUUUUUCAUACCAACUAAUUUAUUGCAUCCCACUCUUGAUGUUUUUAGCAAAAAAAUAAUAAAGAAGAAAGUGAAUGAGAGCACUUAAAAAUUGUGAAAUGUUAUACCAGUACUUUAUGACAGGGUUUUUUUUUUAAUAAUUCACCUAGUUUUAAUGUUAGUGCUUAGAGAUAUUGAAUUUUAGCUCGAUGUAUUGCUUUCCUACUUCUAGUUGUACAGAACCUUGCCCGAACAAGAAAGAUUUCUUUGAAUCUCACCUCCCUCCCCUCGUCACCUGUUCCCUUUUCCCCUUCCCUGAAAAAAACGGUAACGUCUCUAGUUUUAAAAUGCUUUUAUUUUAUCUUAUUUAAACACACGAGCAGCUCUUUCGGUUAAUACAUGUUAAUAAAUCUACUUAUAUGCGAAUACGCCCACUUACACAAACACAUACACACAUACAUUUGUAUACUUAAGAAGAGACGAACCCUAUUUGCAUAGCAACAGCAGCGUGGGGACGCAAACGCUAAUUGACCAACUGGUCCGUAUAUAUGUAGGACCCUAUGUGUAUAGUUGUAUUAGAAAGCAAAAAUUGUAUUAUUCAUUCAAACUCACGAACACACACAAACAUAAAUACACUGAACCGUUUACUUCCACCCCUCUGCCUCCCCAGCAUAAGUUGUGUCAUUCGUCGUCCCAUUAUCGCACUCUCGUCUCUGCCGGAAUAUUUGCAGCAAUCAAUCAUACUCAAAAGGUAGAGCGCAACAGCAAACAAAUUGACGAUCAUUUUUUCACGAUGUAAAUGAGGGCAGAGUGAAAAACUUAACAAGAGCAAUACAAAAGGGAGAGCGAAACAAACAAAGAAGCAAACAUAAAAAAAUGGAACGCUAGAAAUUAUUAUACUGUAAUAAGGGAGGAAAUAAACAAACAAAAAAGCUAAAGAAUGAACAAAAGUACGGACCGACCCGGAGCGAACGAUGGAAUGAGGGAUCGUUACGCCUGGAAAAGAUACCCACACAAAUUCGAUUAUUUUUAAUUAAUAUUAUUAUUAUUGUAACAUGAUGAUACCCUAUUACGAUUACUUUAUUAAUUUUUUUUUAUUAAGCAAACGUAUUUUUUUUUUCAAAAAUAUAAACAUGUUUUUAAUUGAAAUACUCCAAAAACACUUUUAAGUUUAAUCUCUUGCUAAGUUAUCAAUUAUCACAAAUCUUCCUUUUAAUCUUACGUUUAUUAUUGGAACUGCGGAUUUUGCGCCAACUCGGGUCUACGGGAUUGGAUUACUACUCUGGGUGUAAAGCUAUAAGUAAUUGGGCAACUUUGUUUCUUCAAAGCCAAUCUAGACUAAGUUUUGAAAGAAUUGAAUUUGUUAUAAAUUGAAAGAAAAAGCGCUUCAAUAACUUUUAGUAUAUGUUUUCAAAUGCUAUCUCCUAGCUCGCUAAUUUAUUUUCAAUGUGUGAAAAAAAUCAAGAAAGUUACCUGAGUAGCUUUUGAAUAUUACACAACUUUUGCAUUACGUUUUUUUCUGUCUACCCCAUACAAACAAGCAAAGUAGUACAUAUAAAACUAUUAAAUUUGCUUAACAAAGGCUUCACCGAUUUAACCUAUAAAAAAUGGAAUUGUAGGGUUUUGUUGAGGAGCUAAUUUUUUCUAAUACCUUUUUUGAAUCAAAAACUUUGUUAAAAAGUUAGGUAGCGCAAAAUGUCGCAGAUGGUUUUUCGUUUAAAAAUUUGGAGAAAUUCGUGAAAAUUUUCGCAGAUUUCUUUCAGAUUUGUAUUUUACAUUUCUAAAAAUAACCUAAAAUUAGGUACUUUAACCCUUAAAAUUGAAGUUUGGAUGGUGACUAGAACUACGAGUUGGCUUUAAAUCUGUCUCAACUGGAAUCCAUUUAAUUCGUGGCGCCGGCUAUUACAUUAAUCUCCAUCAAACGGCGCGGGACUCAUUUUUGGUUUAUAUUAAUAUAUAUGCUCGAAAGGCAAAGUCAUGUGAUUGUAGGUUUGCUUUCACACUGCACUCACCCCCACACAGCAGGGUUAUCCUAUUUAGCGCUCGUUAAAGUUGUAAGCAUUAUUAACUAAUUACAAGAGAAAGGUAUCGAAUAUUUUUACCGCCAGUAAUAAUCCAGUACGCAAACUGAAAAACAAUACUAUCUAGUUACUCUGCAGCAGUAAUUUUGAAACUAACAGAUAAUCGCGUUUAUAAAACAGAUCUACUAAAAAAAUAGAGUAUAAGAAUAGCAAUUAGUGACACAGCUACUAGAAUUCUCUAGUAGCCGAGUAAGUUGAACGUUUGAAAAUUUGCUUCAAUUUUGCACGAAUGCCUUAUGUAAAUAGUGACGAAAUUCAAAAUACCAAUCAGAGAGAAAGAGAGGGAGAGAGAAAUAAAGAAGGUAAAGGAGCUCAAGCAAACCGUUAGAAACGCGUGAGGGCGUGAUUUUUAAAGUAGAACCCCGGAAACACUUCCACACUUGUUAAAGUAAUUCCCCGCUCCUUCUCCUUAUUUAAGUCAGAAGAGAACGAACACCAAAGCAAUAGACGAUUGAAACUAAUUUGAAGUAAUUGAUAAUAUCCUUUUAAUUAUAGAUUAGCAUGCGCGCAAAUUCACCGCUUUUCGAUGACAAAAAAAAUGCGAAAUCAAUUAUUAUUAGUAACACCCCUCUCCUGAGCGUAGGACGUAGAAAUUAGAGACCCCCUCCAUCCCAAUGUAGAACGGGAUUCAGGACAGAUCGCAAGUACAAGGUGGUGGAUAGGGUCCGGAACAGCAACGCAGUGCCGAGCUAUGUAAGAGCAGCAGGAGCUCGAUCUAAUCGGGCCUUCCUGGGGUUGCAAUAUGAAAUAAUCGCGAGGGCGCUAAAUCACCAUUAACAAUAACAAAAACUAUGAAACGAUUGCAAUUGAUACAAUUACGAGCGCGAGCGGUAGCGAGAACCGAGAGACGAAACCGUAUAAGAUAAUCUUAUAGAAAUAGUGAUACAAGGAAGGAAAAAUAUUAUAUAUUAAAAGUAUAUAUAUAUUUGCUAAAGUUAGAACUUAACAAUAUUUUUUUACGAAUAAAACGUCUUGAAAUUCAA